CGGAACGACCGGCGUUUCCGAGUUCGGAGAGCGCGUAUCGGUAGUUGCGAGACGAGGCAGUCAGUGACGGGUUGUGGUCGUCCAGUGUAUCAUAGUGAACGGUUUUGAUCAUCUUUUCCUUUCCUCCUUGUGUUCAAAAAUGAGCUGGCAGGAUUACGUUGAUAAGCAGCUGCUCGCGUCUAGAUGUGUUACCAAAGCGGCGAUCGCUGGACACGAUGGCAAUGUGUGGGCGAAAUCUGAAGGCUUCGAAGUAAGUAAAGAAGAACUCGCGAAAUUAGUGCAGAGUUUCGAAGAGCAAGACAUCCUGACGUCGUCCGGGGUUACCUUAGCUGGUAAUAGGUACAUCUACUUAUCGGGCACGGACCGUGUGAUAAGGGCAAAACUUGGCAAAGUCGGCGUCCAUUGCAUGAAGACGACGCAAGCCGUAGUUGUCUCUCUGUACGAGGACCCCAUACAACCACAGCAAGCCGCAUCUGUCGUUGAAAAACUGGGCGAAUACCUCGUGUCCUGCGGCUAUUAGUAACCUCUGGGACCCAACAUAAAUAUCUAAUAUUAAUAAUAAACGAUACGAUCGAUUAUUUUAAUGAACAGCGAAUGGAACAUGCGCCAUACCGCACGAGUUGCCCCGGAAUUGCCGCACGCCCUGCCGCGCGACUCACGAUGAAAAUGCAGUGACAACAGCAGCAACAGCAGUAACAAAUAUACAGCCGAGAACAGCGCAUCUACCAUUACUGCUCCAGUCAUUAUUCUUUUCUCAAUUUUUGUUUCUUUGACGCGACGUAGAGAACGGAAAGAAAGACACGCGCGAGUUCAUAUUAAAUAUUACUGAGUAAACGCACGUACCAUAUAUACAACGACGCAGCCUUCUCCUUCUUCCUCUUUUUCCUAUGCUUUUUAUCAUACAUUUUUAUCAUAAACCUGUAUUGUUUCUCUCUUCUCCUUUCGUUCUCCGUUCUCUUGUCUUCUCGAUCAUACACGUAUACGUACUUAAGCAUCAUAGAUACAUGUGAAUAGGUAUACGCGUGUCUCGUGUUCUGUCAUCGUGUUAUGUCCUGUGACGCGUACGAGCGUCGGAGAUUGUGGGGAAACUUCGGCGUCUUAUCGAUAUCGAUACUAAUAUCGAUGUCAUUUGCCACAUCUGCUCUCUAUCUGCUCCCAACCCCUGUAAUAAUCGCGCAGCAAUGCGAGUUUCGACGGCUGUGACGCGCGAGAGAGAUGCGAGAUCACAUCUGAGACGCCGACGCGUCGCGAGGAGUGAUGACAAGAAUCGAUGACGGUUUUGACGAUCGAUCGGUGGGAGAACCGCCGCUAUCCGUGUGAGAGCUGAUGACGCACGUUACAAGACGUCAUCAUAGACAUCAUAGCAUCGAAGUAUAAUGGCUACAUUCAGUAGAGAAAAUCAGUUGACGCUUAGUGAUUCUUUGAUAUGAUCGGCUUUUACCUUUAGUUCUUUACUGGAUCUAAAAAUCAGAAGGAACCAGUCAUAUCUCAAGAAUCAUUCAAUGUUAACUGAUCAAUUUUCUCUGCUGAACGCAGCCCAUAAUACUGGAACGAGCGCUGACGCUAGUUUCUCGGGUAAAUAUUAAGAAUACCCCAGUCAUCUCAAAUUUUGAUAUGAAAAUCAAGUUCAUAUCACACUAUUUCAUAGUUGACAGAUUUCCGAACAGAUUUCCUGAAUAAUUGUCAACUUUAACUUUUUGAGAUUAAUAUCUCAGUUUGCAGGAUAAAGCGACACUUUUUUCUUAUCAAAUCUUUAUUUUUACGGGAAAAUGCAUCGAUUAAGUAUAUUUUUAUCACAAUUUAAAACGACAGAGGUAUUCUUAAUGCUGAUUCUACAUUGAGUUGGUAGUCUGAAGUCUUAAUCUUAAUCGAUGGAGUUGGCCAAAUCAGCAUUACUCGUACAAGUUGGCUAUUGAUCAACUUCACCAAUAAGACUUAGGACUACCGACUCAUUGUAGAAUCAGCAUAACAGUUAUCAUUUUAUGAACUGACGAAGAGGAUUCUAUGUGGUCUUUGUCUUUUUAAUGUAACUUGGCUAAAAGUUUCAGUACUACAAAUUGGCGCCGAAUUGUCUC